GAUUCCAACAUACAUACUACGGGUAUUAACUAUUAACGCCGCGCUGGCCAUGACAUGAGCCACUAUCUCAUUUGAUGCAGGAUCGGAUAAAGGUUUCGUGGAGAACAGCGCAUCGCCCUAUGUGUUUUUCCUGUACUGUUACACUACACUGAAUCCGUCUUUUCCCUGCGUCUACCGUAUCAAUGCAUUUCGUAUCGCCGUUUCUUCCAAUAACCUAUGCCUCAGAACAACCCGCCUCCCUACGCUCUGAAAUAGAUGGUGCAAGUGAAAAUGUCCAAAUCUUCCGCAGGUCCUCUGUCUGGCGCUGAAACCGGCUCCCAAGCGCAUUAUUUUCAGCUGCCGCGCAAGUUGCCUAAACGCAAGAGCCGCUUCAAACGUUCAGAUGGCAGCACGUCUUCUGACACCACCUCCAGCUUCAUCAAGAGACAGGGCUCAGCUGAUUCGUACACGAGCAGACCGUCUGAUUCCGACCUGUCCGCAGAGGAGGACCGCGAGGCGUAUCGGCGUGAAGCCGAGCGCCAGGCCCAGCUGCAGCUGGACAGAGCCACGACAAAACCGGUAGCAUUUGCAGUUAAAACAAAUGUGAAUUACUGUGGGGCCCUGGAUGAAGACUGUCCUGUCCAAGGUGCUGCUAUUAACUUUGAAGCCAAAGACUUUCUACACAUUAAAGAGAAAUACAACAAUGAGUGGUGGAUCGGGCGGUUAGUGAAGGAGGGGGCUGAAAUCACCUUCAUCCCCAGCCCCCUCCGCCUGGAAGCCAUGAGGCUGAAGCAGGAACAGAAACAGCAGAGGAAAACUGGAGGAAACUCUUCCACCAGUCUGGGUGACAUGGUGUCUGGAGGCUGGAGGUCUACACCCCCUUCUGCAGCAAAACAGAAGCAAAAGCAGGCGGAACACAUUCCCCCCUAUGAUGUGGUUCCUUCCAUGCGGCCUGUGGUUCUGGUUGGGCCUUCCCUGAAAGGCUAUGAGGUGACAGACAUGAUGCAGAAAGCACUGUUCGACUUUCUCAAGCACCGGUUCGAAGGAAGGAUCUCCAUAACCCGGGUCACUGCCGACCUGUCUCUGGCCAAGCGGUCUGUUCUCAAUAAGAGAGCCAUCAUGGACAGGUCCAAGCCUGGUUUGGCGGAGGUGCAGAGUGAGAUCGAGCGCAUAUUCGAACUGGCAAAGACUCUGCAGCUGGUGGUGCUGGACGCAGACACCAUCAAUCAUCCUGCCCAGCUCGCCAAGACCUCCCUCGCCCCCAUCAUUGUCUAUGUCAAAGUGUCCUCUCCAAAGGUGCUGCAGAGGUUGAUUAAAUCUCGAGGGAAGUCUCAGAGUAAGCACCUCAAUGUACAAAUGAUGGCUGGGGACAAGCUGGCACAGUGCCCCCCUGAGAUGUUCGACGUCAUUCUGGACGAGAACCAGCUGGAGGACGCCUGCGAGCACCUGGCUGACUACCUGGAGGUCUACUGGCGCGCCACUCACCUGCCCGGCUCCGCCCCCAUCAACCCCCUGUUGGAGCAGAACCUGAUGACUCCGCCCUCUGCCAUCUCCAGCUUACAGUUCUCUGAGACACAGGAAUUAAUUGAAUGA